AUGUACAACGUUCCGGAGAGCAAUUUCCGAAUGAGCAACGCCACCAACGGCCCAGGCGACGUGCCUAGAGGCAAAGACCGUUUUACGGAGUACGAUGUAUUUCGAAGAAAUCCCACGAGUCCUGACUCCAUGCCAUUCCAGCGUCAGGUGAGAUUUAUUAAUCCUUGGAAAAAGACGGAUACUUUUCAUUUGCAUCAUUGGAAUUUCAAAAAAAUCAGAUGAUUCAAAAAAUGCAUUUUUGAGUUAUUUCUUUGUUGAAAACGCAUAAUCCCGACUUGUGCCGCAAACGAAAAUUUACAAACUGGUUAGGUUAUGGAAAUUUUCCUUUUUAGUUGUUCGUAUUCAAAGCUUAUAAAAUCAAUGCGCCCUAGUUUUUUAUUGUGAGAAGAUUUGAAGCAAAUUAAUUUUGAUCAUAAUUUUUGGCGAAAAAUUCCAAUUUUCUUGAAAAAAAAAAGCAGUGAAAUUUUUAGAAACCUUUUUUGAGCAAAAUCCCUCAAUCCGAAAAUUGAAUAUUGUUCCCAGUCUUCGAUCUUUUCUCUUACAACCGGAAAUAGAUUCCUUCCAAAAAUAAUCAAUCGAAAGGUGAUGAGUCACCAAACGCGCGUUUUCGAAAAGGAUGACGUGUAGCAACUCGUCAGCUGCGCGCAUUGUCCCCUCCGUCGUGUGUCACAUGACGUCACUCGGAAAGAGAGGGAGAAAGGCCCAAAAACAAUUCGAUCGCACCACCACGCGGCAAACUGACCUCGAGUAAAUAUAUAAGUACUUUCAGGACUCACUUGCGAUUUGCGCCGACUUGCAAGAAAAAGACAGAAGUCGCAGCGAAAUGCUCGAUUUUAUGGAAACCUCGCUGGAUCUCAGCAACUACCUCAACUGCUUCAAUGUAAGUCGUCACAUCAUAUCGUGACUCACAGAAAAUGUAUCUCAAAGGUCCAAAAUGGAAGAAAAGGAGCUAAUUCAAUUUUUUUUGUUUACGAAAACGUUUUUCGUUUUUUGUUCUUUAUUCGUCAUAGUCACGUGAUAUUGCUUUUAAAAUCAUUUAGAAUGUUUGGAGUUUUCGAAAGCCUCUGAGGUCAUUUCAUUCCUCCUGUUCGCGGCCAAGCACUUCGCUCCGCAUUUUCUUCUUUUUUCAAAGUUUUUGUUAACAAAAAACGUUGAAUUUUGCUUUUAGUUUUCUUCUAACUUGAAGUAUUCUUCUAGAGAAAUUAAAGCGACUAUUUCCCUGUAGAUCUUUGGAAUUUGGCCAAAUCGCGUCCUGCCAAUAUCUUGGUUGUAGAAAGACGCAAAGCUUUGUUUUUUAUCCUCCUUCUGCCAGACCUUUCCAAAGCAUAUUCUUCAUCUCCGCUUUCAACAAUCUCAUAUGCGUUUUUCAGGAGUUGAACGUCCCUGCGGAUCAGAUUGACCUGGACGACAACGAACUCCAGAAAGCACACAUCCUCUACGAAGACCCUGCCAACGGAGAACACUCAGUCUACGGAGGGAACAGUCAGUACGAGCCCGAACAAGCCCAACCGACGUCGGACUUUGAAUAUUACCAAGCUGAAAUACCUGACGACGAAGAAGCUUACGUGAUGCAGUGCGACGUGCCCCAGAAAGAAGCUGGUGAGUGGUAGUUUAAGAAAGAAAAUUUGAAUCAGUAGGCAUCAAAAUUGUAUUUUUUCGGCUGAACUUCUCACAAAAAAAUUCUUUUUUUAGAUCCUACUUCACAGCUUUUUGUUUUUCAAAAAAAACCAUCUUUAUAGGCAAAAAUUUUUCCCGGUGCUUUAAAACUUGAAAUUUCAAAGUUUUUGUCCGAAAAUCUACACUGUCUUAAUGUUUUACAUCAAAAAAGCCACCAUGAAUUUUUUGAAAUAUCAGAAUUUGGAGCACCAGCCCACUCUCAUGAGCUUGAUUAUGCAUUAGUGAUUAUGUCACCCGUUAAUCAGGGAAGGCAUCAAAAGCCGGUCAGUAUCAAAGGAUAAAUAGAUAGGCUCGUACGUUUUCUCACGUGACAACAUAUUUCCCUGUAAACAAAAGCAAUGUUUUCAAAAAUAUCCUUUUUUCAGCGACCGUGGUGGAUGUGCAGGUGGAAGGAAACACUCCGCGACCUACGAGGACAUUGAAAAGACCUGCCCAUAUGACCGAAAUGAUGCCCAAGGCUGAACCUAUUGAAGACUGGGAUGGUGAGUCAUCAUCACUAUUCGUACUUUUAUUCAAUUGUAUUCAGUUUCAGACUCGACAAGCACUUCUAGCUACGCGUCUGAGAAGAAAAUCCGGCAGAGAAAAGGUGGGCCCGGCGACGAAUCCAACGUCGACUACAAACCUCAGACGAAAGCCAGAAAGUACCAGUUGAAGCCGGAACAGGAAAAGGUUUGUCGUAAUCGCUCUGUUAAAAAAAUACUUCAAACUCCAAAAAAAAGCUUUAUUUUUCCAAAACUGAGUUAAAGGUCUUAUCAUUGUCUGAAUUUACGAGAAUAUCCUUAACAUUUCAUGAAUUUCAGGCCCAGCCACAAUACCGACUCAAAAGAGCUCGAAACAAUGACGCCGUCCGCAAGAGCCGAAACAAGGCGAAGGAACAGCAAAAGCAGCGAGAAAAGGAGAACGACAAUAUGAGACUAAGAAUAAGAGAGCUCGAAGCCUUGCUUGACGCCGAGAAGAAAGCUCGAGAUCGCGACCGUCAGGUCAUCAGCGAGCUGCUCCAGGCCAAAAACUGCAACUGCUACAACAAGAUCAUGCGCAAAAAUUGA